GCGCGUGGGCGUGGCUUCCGCUGUUUGCUUCCGGUCUGGGCGGGGGCCUCAGCUGAGGGCCGCCAUGAGCCUGCAGUGGACGGCGGUGGCCACGUUCCUGUACGCCGAGGUGUUUUUGGUGCUGCUGCUCUGCGUUCCCUUCGUGUCCCCGGCCAGAUGGCAGAAGAUUUUCCGCUCUCGCCUCGUGGGCCUGGCCGUAGCCUACGGCAACACCUUCUUCAUCGUGCUCAUCGUCAUCCUCGUGCUGCUGCUCCUCGAUGCCCUGAGGGAGACCCGUAAGUACAACGUGGGGGACAAGGAGGCGCUGAGCAGCACCCCGGCCGCCCUGGAGCACUUCCACAUGAAACUCUUCCGAGCACAGAGGAACCUCUACCUGGCUGGCUUCUCUCUGCUGCUCUCCUUGUGA